AUGGCUGGCUACGAUGUGCUCGCAGCAAUAAAUGGCACGCGCACGAACGACUCAACUGCCGAGCUGUUUCGCAAGUCCAACUUCGCUCAUCGCCUCUCUACACAGAGGUCUUCCGCGAUGGAAGAUAAGGCCUCCCCGACCUUACUUCACCCGCGACAACACUACGCAAGCCUCCAAUCACAGACCGACAGUCCAGUUCCGGUGAACCGCAGCUCACUUCUUGCGCGGUACAGUACGGGAACAACAUCCUUCCACAGGGGACGCGCCCCACCUGCGCAUACAAGAACUGAAGAAUCGGAGUUCAAAAGCGGCAUCUCGACAAGAAUCUUGAAUGGCAUGGCGCCGAAGCGUCGAAAUGUGUUGAGUGGAGCUGUAGAGCACGAGACAGAAGGACAGGCUGCGUCGAAGCGACAGAAAUUAUUUGAUAACCACCACCGUGUAAGGCCGUCUGCGAACGUGCUUCUCGAUCGACGCCGCACUGCUCGCAAUAGCACACCAGAUUCCUCAGAUAAUGAAGAUACGGCAUUACACAGCGCGAGCAGCGUCGAGGAUGCGAGACCCUUGUUUGUAUCGCCAAGUUUAACACCACUUCGCGAACGCUCUUCCACAAUCGGCACCGACAAGCAGACUGAACCUAAAACACGCACAAUGGACUAUCAGCGCUUUCUAGACCGCAAAGUGGUCAAGUACCUCAUCGAAAACCGAAUUAAGCCCUCUGACAAGAAUUCGGGAUGGAACGCAGAAGAUCGAUGGAGCUUUAUAUUAAGCAGCUAUGAUAACAAGCUGAAAGAACGCGAAAAGGCUGGUGGCUCAUGGCGUUCCUUGUGGCCAGACUAUUACCGUGCUCGGGGUGAGAACGAGGAUAUGGAGUGGCUGCGGAAGACGUUCUCAGGCUAUUUGGCCGGUGCCCCUUCUCCAACGGGCGUAAGUCAGCCUGGACUAGGGGAAUUCAACGACGAAGACGAUGAGGAGGUCGUGGUGAAGCGCGAGGAAGUGGAAGUGCAUGAGGCUCGGCAGAAUGAUUCGGAGCUGCAGUUGCCCGCGUCUCCGAGCAGUAGAAAGAAUGGCACCUCUCGUCGCAGAUGGGGAACAACGCGUCGCCAGCCUCGUUCACGACGCACCAGUAAAGAAGAGCACGAGAUCCAUGUUUCUUCUAUCAAGACUCGCGGAUCGACUUCAGUUCCACAGGUCGCUGGCCCAGAGUGGCGGCAGUAUUGGGAGUUACGCAACGAUGGAAGUGCAGUUCUGGUAACGCCUCGCGUUUGGAAGUGGAAUUCAAGUUGUGAGCUGGUCGCAUGGCCGCCUUUGGAACACAUCUUGCCUCCACUCGAGCCAAUACCGCAGCCAUGA